AUACACAACACCAUAAUUUCGAAUUUCCUCUGAUGUACUUAUAAGUGAUGAACACUUGCUUUACUGACUGAACAAUGAGCUGUGCGUAUAGCUUAUGGUUUAUUCAGUAAAGUAAGUAUUCUGGCUUUAUUGAUAAAAGUUCGAACAGCUGUGGAUUGAAUAAGAUGAUCUGGGCUUACCCUUCCUUGAAGCUCAGGAUAAAUGUCAAUGCAGCGCGGAAUGAGGUGGAUGUCGUCAUGCCAGGCCUGCGCUAUGACGACAUUGAUUUUACAGGUCAACCAGACACUUGGAGAAUCUUUGACAUGGUCAACCGAGUAGAGAAUGCAGCAUUUUUCAAUGAAGAGUCAUUUCUGAAAUAUGACCAACUGUACAAGUCAAACCAUAUUUCAUUUGUAAAGGCAUGCAAAUAUGAGGCCAAAAGUACCUUUUAUGAGACCACAACCCCAAAAACUCCACUUGACGUCUCCAUUAAGUUAGCCGAUGUUGGGGACACCUCUUUUUCCACUGUCAGUGAAGUGGCUUGUGGAGGGGACUUAAAGCCCUCCAUACGGAUCAAAAACCUCCACACUCUGGUCCAUCUGUCAGAAAGGAAGAAAACUCCUCUUCCUAAUUGGUGGAAGAAAGAGUUUGAAGCUCUGCUACAGGAAAACAAAGCCACUUCUCUUUUGAACGUAUUGCCCCAACCGAAACCCCUCCUCACUUUCCGUCACGAGUUUGCAGUGCCUCUUCACGACACAGACUUUUCCGCCCACACAAGAUGUGCCUCCUAUUUUAGGUACUUUGUGGAGAAUGCGAGUCUUGCAUCACAUCGAGGGUUCUAUCAGAACAUUAAAACUAGUUUCCAUGAUUUUCACAUCAAGAAAGUCAUCAUGCUCUAUGUGUCCCCCAGCUGUUGGGGGGACAGCCUGGUGUCAGAGACCUGGGAGGGGGAGGCCCCAUUGACCCUCCACUGUAUGAUCUGUAAAAAGGACAACCCUCAAGAGAUUGUGUGGUAUGGGGAGAUGGAUAUGUUCUCUGAAGUGUUUGGAAUGAAAUUUUAAAACAAUAAUUCUUUUUUAAACAGUCAAAUGCAUGUAUAACAACAUAGUACUGUAAAAUGAAAAUAAGGCAUGUUGAUGGUAGCUAGGAUGGAAUUUUGAAAACCGUUAAUAUACAUGUACAAAAGUGAAGUAUGGGAUUGCUAGACCAUGAUACUUGAAUCGGUAUCAGUACAUGUACGUUUGUAUUUUUGAAUAUUAAAAUUUGUAAGACCUUUGAACCGGUUAUUAUCAAGAUGUCAAAUGUUGCACGUAGUACAUUACCUCAGUUUCUUUGAUAAUACAGGGUAAAAUUUGAAGAUUUUUUUUUCAACUUUUACUUUUUUCAAAGUAUGUUGUCCUGUUUGAAAACCUCAAUACAUGUAUCGGUAGUUGCAUAUAAAUUUAUAACAUAAUGUUGAUUUUUGCAUUAUCCAAGAACAAAACCUAUACAGAGGGAAAAAGUAUGAUAUUUUCAGUUUUAUUUGUUUUUUUGAUUGUUGAAGAAUUUAGUAAAAAUCAUUAUCCCGGUAAUUGCAAUUACUUAUUAAUGAACACUUAAUAGUUACUGUCUUUUUGAUUGUUGUUUUUGCGAGAAUUUGUGAAUGUCUGACACAUAUAGUUAAUACAGUGACACUGGUUUGCAAGUUUUGUACAGUAAUGUAAAAAAAGAAAAUCAUGUAAAAAAACAAAUUUUGUUGUUGGUCAUUGUUCAAAGGAACUCUUAAU